AUGUUCAAGGAAGUCUCUGAGGCAGCCUCCACAGAGGAGCAGAAGGAAUUGGAAGAUAAAGUGACCAGUCCAGAGAAAGCUGAAAAAGUAAAAUUAAUAGCAAGGGAUCCUCAUCUGGGACAAAAGCCUAGAGGUUCAGAUUUUUUAAGAAAAUGUUUGCAGAAAGGGCAAAAAUACUUCAAUUCUGGGGAUUACAACAUGGCUAAAGCGAAAAUGAAGAACAAGCAACUUCCUACUGCAGUUCCAGAUAAGACAGAGGUCACUGGCAACCACAAGCCUACUCCACAGGAUCUUUCUCAAGGGAAGUCUUGCCUUGUUGCCAGCAAGCUGACUGGCUGA